GAGAGGACUCCAGCCGAAGUCUCUAUUGUUUAAAUUUCGGGAGAAAAUCAGAAGAAAGAAAAAUGUUGCUUCACUCUAAGAUAACAUAGCAUAACUUCAAGUCUCUCCCUGUGUCUUUACUCUCGCAAAACUGAUCAACUGUCUCAGCGUUAAGGCUAAUAAUUUAGAAUCCUCUGAUUCGAAGGCCAAUAUGACGCGUAGGCUGUAACAGCAGUAUACAGUAUUGCUCGAGUUUUCCAGGACUUUGACUCAGUGUAUCGUGGAUACAUAUCCCUGACCAGUGACCACAACCCCUUGAUCUUCUCCCACUGUUUAUGUUUGGGAAAGAAAUUCCUCCAGUCUCAAAUCUUUAAAUCGCUCUUUGGCUGAAGCAGCAAAGAUAACUUUGACUGUUUUCACUUCAGCACAAGGCAAAGACUGCUGCUCCUAAGGACUUUUGGACGUUGACUGCAUUGAAAUGAAAUCACUCCAGCUAUGGCCCCUCCUCCUCCCCGUUCUACUGGUCAACUUCACCAACCAAUUAGAAGACAACAAGAUACCGCCCAGUCUGUGUACGGGACACCCAGGUAUCCCAGGCACCCCUGGGUUGCACGGAGGUGCUGGCCAACCAGGAAGAGAUGGGAGGGACGGGCGUGAUUCUGCCCCUGGGGAGAAGGGAGAGAAGGGAGUCGGGGGAGAGCCAGGUGACACAGGCUUUAGGGGCCUCACUGGAGACCAGGGGAACCCUGGAGAUAAAGGAGACAGGGGGCAGUCAGGGGAGUGCGCCAUCGCUCCCAAAUCAGCCUUCAGCGCCAAGUUGUCCGAGGGCCGCACCAAGCCCGUGGCGGCAGAAGACGCUGUGCGCUUUGACAAGGUAGUACUCAACGAGCAGGGCGACUACGACAUGGAAACAGGACGCUUCACUUGCAAAGUGCCCGGCGUCUACUACUUUGCGGUCCAUGCCACUGUCUACCGGGCCAGCCUGCAGUUUGACCUGAUGAAGAACGCUCACACGAUGGCGUCCUAUUUCCAGUUCUAUGGGAACUGGCCCAAGCCAGCGUCUUUGUCCGGAGGCUCGCUGCUGCACCUCAUCCCGGGCGACCAGGUGUGGGUGCAAAUGGCGUUGGGAGAGUACAGUGGUUUCUACUCCAGCUCUAAGACUGACAGCACUUUCACUGGCUUCCUUGUGUACUCGGACUGGAAAAACUCUGCUGUCUUUGCCAAGGGCGAAGGGGUAUAGACAUUGGGGGGACCAAGUUUAGUGUGGGGGCUGGGGGUCCUCCCUCAGAAAAUAUUUGAACAUUUUAAACAAAUUUACUGCCAUUCUACAUGAUUCGUGGCCUCUUUAGAAGGUUAUUAGAAAACUCUGGUAUUGCAUAAACACAUUAAGCAGUAGGCUAUGGCACAUACCAUACUGAUGAGUUGUGAUGAUGAAUCAGGUGAACUGUCGUGCUUUCAGCUGUGCUUCAGGUUAGCCAUUUGACUGCUGCUGUGCGAUGGUGAAUCAUUUUAACAGACGACCUGACGGUGGCCCUACACAGUUUUUGAUCUACAUGCAUCAUCGUUUUUUUGUCUUUAUAAACAAGGACGGGGGUUUAAAUGAGACAUGUUGGCUCCUGCAGUUGGUAGGAAUUAGUAACAUAAGAAGGUUAUAUAUCCAGUUUAGUGGUGGAGAGGUAAAGAGGAUUCAAGAAGGCAUCAUACAGGUAUGUGAGCUGUUUAGGGCUUCCAACUGUGACAUCACUGACUGAUGUCAUGGUGCUUAGACAGUAUUUUGUGCAAAAAAAACGAGUUGUAAAGUAUUCAAACGGAAGCCCUAAAAUAGGCUUUUCACAAUCUUUUAACUUAUCUGUCUGUGCAACCCUCAGUUAUGUCACCAAUAAAAAUGGCAACUCUCAUGA